AUGGCCACAUCCCCGGCCUCCCGCUCGAAGGCGACGCACAAUCCAUUGGCUCCCAGCACUGCCAGCGCACAGGCGAAUGCUGCGCUAUCAAACAGCAUCAAACACCACAGGCGGCCGAUGGUCAGCCAGCCCGAUGCCGAUCGUGCCGCUAUGCCCAAUGGGGCACGCUGGCACACGCAGCGUGUUUGGAGAGAACGCUGGUCCGAUGGUGGAGAGUCAGCCUUGGCUUUCGGCGAGGACAGCGAAGGAAAUGACUGCGUGCAGGCCCAAAAGGGAAAGCCAGACAGCGGUCCCCCGUCAGAAGCGGCAAUUCGGCCCCAUGCCUUUGCGACGGUGGAGACGCUCCUGAAAUGCCCGUACCUGAUGGUGCUGGCAGGAUUCGAUCGGAAGCAGCGACGGCGUGUAUUAAUAGCCCGGGACCAUGCAGCGCGCUGCGCACUGGUCGACGGGACAAGAGGACAAAAGGGCCUCCUUAUUUCGCCUACGACGGUGAGAGGCGCGCAGGAACCCGGUGCUCGUAUCGGCAGGCGAAUGGGAGAGAUCCAAAUGGAGGACCGAAAGGCGACUGGUGGGACUCUUCCCCUGACCUACGCCGAUUGGCGACUAGUCCACCAGAUCACCCACACACCGCCCAAGGCCGGUUGGCAACAGAUGCAGCGCAGGUCACAGGAGCGGCCUCGCAGCGACAUCCGCACGGCGUGGGUUGACAAAGAAGAUUGCGGUGGCCAGACGCAGCAGAUGAAGUUGCAUCGAGGCGAGGCGAUGGAUCGUCCCCCACACGAGAAGUCGUGCAGUGUCCGGGAGACUGCCGGUGUCUCUAGUGAGGCGCCGUUGGGGCGUGCAUAUGCCGCAGAUGCCGUCUACUGCAAGGGGCACAGAGAGAACGAAAGAACGGUGGCUAGGCUGUACGUGUCUCUCACCCUGCUCUCGACCCCCUUUCUCAUCGCCUGUUUCACUCCAGGUUGCCACAGACGAGGCAAGGACGGUCAUGAUGUUUGUUCUGGUGCGUCGGGCCCCAAUCUCCGUCGUCUCAGCCCAGCCAGCUCCAGGAAGGGCGGAGAUGCGAUCGACGUUGCUCCACUGCUGCUAUCGGGCCUCGCUGGCCUCGCUAUCUGCGUGCGUCGUCGUUUGCCGGCUGGACUGUCUAGUCGUGUGCCAGGCCUGCCGCGAGUCAGCAAAGAGGGUGGGCACGACCGACGAAGCGUUGUGAGAGACAAAGAAGCCGAGCAUAGGCCGAAGGUGGCUAACGGCCGGCCUGACAGCAGCGCGGAGAACGGGUGGAAAGAGUCGGACAAGGUGGUCGGUGAGGCCUUUGGGACCUGCUGCCCAGCGUGUUUGUGGGUUCCCAUCCGGCAUCCCGGGCCUGGACAGCUCGAGAUGAACACACCGCCGCAGCACAGGCCCUUUGGCUGUUCUGUUGGCUCUCUUGCUUUCCUUUUUCUAUUUGGCCUUUGUAAGAUUCGCCAGGUGAAGGUCCAGAAAACGAGGCGAUCUGGACGGCCGCUAUUACCCCGCAAUAUUCUGAUUGGCCGACACCGGCCAGACGAACCGUCUCUCCUGCUGCAACCCCCCUCCUAA